AGGGAUUAUAACUUGUUAUUUCCAGUAGCGAUUAGGUAAUAAAACAAUUUGAUUGUAUCUCGUAAAGUUUUAUUAUCGAAAAUAUCAAAUAUAUUGCUACUAAAACUAGUUUUUUUAUAAAUCCACUGAUCCACAUGAUGGAAAAAAGUCGUCUAGUGGACCAUGAAAUUUAUUUUUAAAAUAAUGAUGUUGCAGCUAUUUGACACUUUAUUUGACAGUCACUUUCGGUCAAUCGUCGUCUCGCCACUUGUCACCCCCGCAGGGGCGAAGCCGCCACAAUGAAUACCAUGGACGCCCUCAAAUUCUCUUUUUUAGACGGAACCUUACUACUAACGCGUUCCGAACUACCCCAAAUAAACGACCCCAACGACAUCCUCGUCAAAGUAUCAUUUGCUGGAAUCUGCGGCACCGACCUCCACAUUCUAGCCGGCGAGUACCCUUGUAGAAAAUCAACAGAAAUCAGCCUGGGGCACGAAAUCUCGGGAGUAAUCGUCGAAGUGGGACAAGAUGUCAUCCACUUCGAAGAAGGCGACCACGUCGCCAUAGACCCCAACAGCGGUUGCAAACGUUGCGCUUUCUGCCACGCCGGCAAGCCCCACUACUGUAAACUCGGAUGCACCACCAAUACCAUUGGUAUCUACGUGGAUGGGGGAUGGGCACAGUACUUGGUAUGUCCGGAAGAACAAGUCUACAAACUAAACCCACCCAUAACCCUCGAACAAGCCGUUCUUGCUGAACCCAUAUCUUGCAUGGUACACGGAUGGGAAUUGAUAAGUCCCAUCACUGUGGGUGCGAAGAUCCUGUUGAUGGGUGGAGGAGUAGCUGGGGCUUUAUGGGCCUGCACUUUACAUCUGCAAGGUCACAGGGACGUGAUGAUAUCCGAGCCGAUUCAAAGCCGGCUUGACCAACUCCGGAAACUAAAUACUGGGUUUAAAAUGAUCACUCCGGAGCAGCUGAGGAAGAAUGCGUACGACGAUCCGGGUAGUUAUGCGUUCGAUGUGGUGAUCGAUUGUAGUGGCUCUCCCCCUGCUAUCGAACAGGGAAUUUCGCUUUUAAAUUUUGGGGGAAAGUAUUGUCAGUACGGGGUGGCGCCUCCUAACAGCAGAAUCCAAAUCAACCCUUUUGACGUUUUCUGGAAAGAAAUGAAGAUUUUAGGGUCGAAGAUCAACCCCUAUUGUUUUAAGAAGGCGCUGAGUCUUAUAGAAGCAAUGGGAAACAGAUACUUAAACUACAAAGUGCUGGGAAUCAAGACCUUCCAGUUGAGUCAAUAUAAUGAAGCUAUUGAAACUCUGAAACAAGGUAAAAUUCUGAAGGCGGUCUUCAAAAUAAAUUAAUGAAACGAAAACAGUGCAAAUACCCUAAACAUCUAAGAACAAAAGUAAUAAACGACUUCUGAAAUUUUCAAA